UGUUUACAUCAAGUUAGGCUGAAUCCGUUCGCCUGGUCGGUCGUGAAUCCGUGAUCGUGCGUGAGCUGCCAGGUGCAGGGGCCGUGCAGUGACCAUCACUGUAAUAAAUAGUGGCGCGUGUUCUUGUACAUUUACGCCCCGCCGUACGCAAACAUCAUCCUCGCACCUACCCCCAAGAACUGAAAAUGAGCACCCCUUCGUUUGUCGCAUAGGCGAGCAUAUAUAGGCGGCUUCUGGAUGGGUGGUGGUUGGUGAAAAGUUGACCGCAUUUGUUAUUGAUUUUUCCCUUUCUCUGGGCUGCCGACGUGUGUGUUCUGUUGUUCUGUCGUCGACGACUGUCCUGACGACUGGUUGGUUGGCAGAUUUCUCUCCUGUCGGCCGAUCCCGGUGGAAAAGCAGCGUGGCAUGCUGCUGACCUUUCAGGACCGGCUCCGUAUACCCUGGCGGGGCGGUGCCAAACAGGUCACCGUGGACAAUGUCCUGCCGGUCGUGCUGCUCGUCAGUUUGCAGCUACUCGCUGCUCUGGACCUGUACUGCAGUUUGGUCAUUUUCUCGCUGAUUCCAUUGCUGCUGGCCUACCUGAAGCGAUUCCUGGGACGAGUGCUACCAAAGACAAAAUUCUUCUCCCUAUGGCUGUUCUGGAGUGGCAUCUACCUGGUGGUGCUGUUCGAAUCGACCGUGCCCCUGUUGGAGUUAUUACCCGAGGAGAACAUUGCAUUCGUCGCCCUGAUGACCCUGUCAUUUUUCUGCUUCUAUAAAGCGAACGUUCGUGCAGCGUUGAAUCACAUCAAUCAAGCACAGCAGCAGUACAAGGACGACCCCUCGUUGGGCAAUGGGGAUUCGCAAACGGCAAUUCUGAUAUCGGACCGCGAGGACUCGGACGAGAGCGAUGGUCGUUUGGCGUGCCAAACGUGUCGGAAGUAUGUCCCACCACGGACCUAUCACUGCAAGGUGUGUGCCACGUGCGUUAUCAAACAGGACCAGCACAGUGUUUGGCUGAACUGCUGCAUAGGACGGGCCAACCAUCGGUUCUUCCUGUGUGGGUGCGUUUCGUCGCUGUUGGCACUGUGGCUGUUUGCCAAUCUCUCGCUGACUUCCGUGUGCCAUCCGACGCCGAUCUUUACGCUGUUCGGGAUAACCGUGAUGCUGCCGGAUGAUUGUACCGAUAUCUACUUCCAGUACGAUAUUGCUCUUUGUUUCACCGGCGCCAUCUAUGCCCUACUGAUGUCACUGUUCAUUCUUAUAUCACUACUGAAACAGUUCUGUCUGAUCUCCCGCGGCUACACCGGAACAGAGUGGCAGCGAGGCGAGCAUAUCAAUCGGCGAAAUUGUCUCGUAAACUGGAAGAUGUUCUGUCUGGGACAAUAAACGUACGCCGCCGCAACACAAAACACGUGCCCUGCUGACGUCAUGAUCAAAAGUAUGAGCAUUAUUCUAUUAUUAUCAUUAUUAUUACUAUCCGAUAUACAAAGGUACGUAUUUUUAACCAUUUUAAGAAGUUCACCCUUACAUUCAUACCAAGAAAGGAAUUCUCGCGUUCGAAUUGAUAUACCUUGUAAAGGUGGUUACAACAGCAAAACAAUGGAAAACAGUUGAGUUUCUUGUUUCAUGUUUUUCCUGCUCCCGCAAUUACGAUUGAUUGUGAAGAAGAGAUAAUAAUUAAGGCAAAUAAUUAAACGGAAGUAACUUAAGUCCAACAACAUUAGUUUGUAAGUAGAAACUUCUAAAAUAAUCGAUUUUGCUCGAACAAAGGAAGGCCGGGCAAAGCAGUACCCAGCAAAACACUUAUUCGAUCUACAAUAUCUAUUACAUGUAAAAGUACUAAAAGUAUCAUCAAUUCACUAGUUCAAACUCAAUGAUAGAUCGAGUGGUCUCGUUUUAGACGGGGUACAAUUUGAGUCGCAAAACGAAGUGGAAAAGAUCGACUCAAAUGCGUGCUGUGUUUAGCUCUAGCGCAGUGCUGACAAGUAGACUGAUAAAAUCUAGCGAAAGAUAUAAAACAAAUUUGGCUUUAUAGUAUUUAUUCUCCUAACACUCGUAAAAUCAACUAUCAGGCAAGUGAGAGAUACUUAAUCAGAUUCCAAACGCGAAACACAUACUAUAUGCAAGGCAGUACAUUAAUACGUAUUAUAGCACUCAAUCCGAGGUUCACAUCAGGAACCCAGGUUGUGGAUGUGAAAAGUGCUACUAUAAUGGUCAGUUGAUUAAAAAUUCUAGCUCCAGAAGUGAUUGCAUUUAUCAUUUAUGUAAUCCCAUAGCAUUCGUUGCACGCGUACUAUUUCUUUAUCCUUCUAGCAUAGUACCGAAAGCGUACAGUUAGCAAGUGCACAAUUUAGUAACGAGUUUCUCUAUAUUGUUAAUCAUUACUUCUAAACACAACUAUCAAUGAAAACAAAAGAAGAAACAUAACCCGAUUCUUCGGCUACACACACCGAAAGGUUUGUGGUGUUGCAUCGAUUCCUUUUACCAAUGGAAUUUUAGUCAUAAUUAUUAUUAAACAUAAUUUACGUGUCCAUUUAUCAACACUCUAGAACCGAA